UACAUAUAAUGCGCUUCUUGAAUUAUGUAAUCCGUUUAGAAAUUUUCCUGGCUGAUUAUUAAUUAACGAUAAACUUGGCGUUUUUAUUUUACGACAUUACUUGCAUAAAUAAUGAGAAUAAAAAUGCUUAAAAAGUAAUUCUUAAUUUGCCGACACACAUUUAGCAGGUAAAGUUUAGUUUCUUUAAUUCCUUGUAAAUUUUACGAGUGACAAACAGCGAACGGUACCUUUAUUUAGAAAACAAUGGGACAAGAACAGUCAGUUUUAGAUGCUUUCAAGGUACGACAGCCAGCAGUCGAGAUUGAAUCUUUUCUAGGAAAUUUAUCAGGACAUCAUAUAUUUAGAGAAAUUUAUCGGGCCCAAAGGCUCAGUGCUACUGGCCCAUGGCGGCAACCUUCAGACUGGAGCGCCGAGAUAUUUUCGUCGUGUCCGUAUUCGAAAGUGAGAGGAUUUGUAACCCCGUAAAUGAUAACACUUACAAGCUUGAACAAUCCAUAUUAUCCGAAAUAAGAGAAUUACAGCCGGAGAAAAAGCCAAAUCUGUUGAUGCUAGGUCCAGUGGGAGCAGGAAAAUCCAGUUUUAUCAAUUCCAUUUUAAGUAUUGGAAAAGGACGAAAAUGUGCACUGGCAGCAACAGGUGAUACAGGGGAUGCGAGCUGGACACUAGAUCUCGGACGGUAUACCGAGGGGAGUUUGUUAAGACGAUACCGCCUGUUUGAUUCAAUGGGAAUUGAGCCAUGUGAUGGACACGGCUUUCAUACAGAUGACCUGACGUUCUUAAUAAAAGGGCAUGUCAAAAAUGGAUACAUGUUUAAUCCUGCCAGUCCAAUCACUAAGACAAGCUCCUAUUUUAGACGCAACCCUACAUUUCAAGACCAAAUGCAUUGUGUUAUCUUUGUUAUGAGUGCAACAGCCAUACACGCUGGGAUUCCAUCAGCGUAUGUACAGAAGAUUAAACAAUUACAAGACAAAAUAACGCGAGAACAUAUCCCACGGAUCUUGAUUUUGACAAAAGUCGAUGAGCUGUGUGAUGAAGUAGCGAAAGAUAUCACAAAAAUGUUUUGGAGCGUUAAGGUUCAGGAUGUCAUAAAAGCAGCAAGUGAAAUGUUCGGGAUCGAGCAGUCAUCAAUUCAUCCGGUCAAAAAUUAUGAGGUUGAUUUUGAUAUAGAAACUCAGACAAACAUACCGCUAUUACUUGCCCUAAGACAAACAAUGCAGUAUGCAGCAGACAGAAUACAGAAAGAUUAAAUACAAACACUUAAUAAAAUACCAAAUGCAUGUUAUGGCUUUAUUGUGUUCUUAAUAAAAGCGUGUUUGUGUUACAACAUACUUACUGAGUUAUUUGUUAAAAGAAUAAUGUAUGGUACCAUGUUAUAAUAAAAUUGUCGUGGACUUAUGCCGAAAUAGA